AAUUGUACGGGACGUGGUGGAUGGGAUAUUCAGCAUGCAUAUUCUACAAACUAUUUCGAAUUUAUCGUCAGUUUAGCAGCGGUCAUGUUCCAUACCCUGAUCGCCGUCAACCGCAUCUGGGCGAUUAGCCAUCCGGUAUCUUAUCGCAUGUAUCAUAACAAGAGAACUGCAGGAUUUCUGUGUUUGGUGGCAUUGUGUUACGUGCAUAUUAUGGGACUACCGGGGUUAGUCUUAGAUGCAUUAUACUACCAUCUUCCCGAAAACGAGCACGGCUGUCUUAUCAGUACCCCGCAAAUGCCGGUAUGGGGUCGCAUUGAGAAUAUCCUAUGCCGCAUUCUCCCGCUGUUUUUAGUGAUGUUCGCUUAUGCAUAUACGAAUGCGCUGAUCUGGUGCCGUCGCCGAAAACGAGCGGAUAAUACGGUUCACAGCAGCCACGACACGAAUCCGCGGAGUGCAACGGCGAACAAAAUAUUCGCUCUGCAGAGCCAGGCAGACAAAGAACACCAUGGAGAAAGUGUUGUUUCCGUAACACGCAACAGGGAGGUAAAAGCAUCGCUGGUGCUAACGUUGACGGUCAUCAGCAUCAUCGUGUGCUGGCUACCGGCUGAUGCCCUUUAUUUUGCAUUCCUGUUUUUUGGGAUUGGAUUCUCCAGCACCGCAUUCAUCACGGUCAUGCUGCUGUAUUCCGUUCAGAGUGUUUUUGAUCCCUUAAUGCUGCAGUUCAGCCUGAGAAAAAUCAAGCAGAAGCUGUAGUGGCACGACUUCCAUUGGAAAAAAAACGAUUACAGGGCACUGGAUAUGUCGUGCUGAAAACCACCGGUUUUAUCCGUUUUGUGAAGUGUCCUUUUUAUUUUUGCCAAAACUGCUAGAUUUUCUUCGGUUAGCUGUUUCUUGAAUCCCUGCGUUUUAUGUACACACGGUACAGUCGCUAAAGAUUAGCGGAUUUUAGGCUAACUGAUUUACGGAUUUAGGAUUAACUGAUUUUAUUUUACUCGUAUUCCAGAAAAUGAUAUCUGCAUUUAAUACCGGCGAUAAGUCGCAACAACUGGAUG